AUGAGUAUAAAUGGUGAUGUUGUACAUGUUGAAAGUAGAUUUUACGUCUCAGGAAACGGUAUAACAAUAAGCGAUGUAGAAAAAGCUGAUUAUGACGGCAACGAGGAGGUGUCUGAAGAUUAUUUAAAUGAUAAGUCAGGGGUAGAGCUUCUAGUUCACGAACGUGGAGGUAGACGAAAUCAAGAAAAUUUUAAUCAUGAUUCCGAGGUGGAGAUUUCAUCACUAUCCGAUCGGCAUGAGAUGCAACUCAAUAACGAAAAUGAGGAAGACGACAAGGAAGAAGAAAACAUUUCACAACCACAAAAAGACAGUCCCUCUAUUUAUAACAAAAGAAAUGAUGAGCUAGCUUUAAAAUCUAGAGAACCUGUUGCAAAUUCUAAUGAAGAAGACAGCAAUUUUUAUGAAGAUAGUCAUCAACAAAUCAAUGACAGAAAUGAAUAUAAUGAUGAACCAUUAGACGCAAACCGGCAAUCUAUAUUGAGUAAACACAAACCGUUUUAUAAAAAAGAAGAUUUAUUUUUAAAACCUAAGACUAACAUUAAACGUGUGGGAAAUAGAGAUAGAAGACAAGCUUCUGUGGACAAACGUGAAAAAGAGAUCAUAUUUGACUUUAAAAACAACAUAAAUAAAAAAGAUGAAUCGGAGAUCAGUGAAGACGAUAAUGAAUCCGCGAUAAAGCGAAAUAUUAAAAAGCUAUCUAGAGAAGAACUAGAAGAUCUUUUGAAUUCUUUAUCCGACGAUAAAAAAGCGCUGUUGAAAAAAAUUAUCGACAGUAAGUUAGAGGGAGUAAAUAAACGAGAAAUAACAAAAAAAGCCGGAGCAGUGGAAGAAAAUAAUAUUUUAGAAAGUGGGCAAGCUGAUUUGAGUAAGAUUGAUGCUGGUAGAACUUUGGACCCAACAAUAUCUUCAGCUUCAAUAGCUCCAGGUGAUACAACUGAAACUACAAAACAUGCAGAAGUUUCUAGUCCCAAAAACCCUGAAUCUGAUAAUGAUUCUGAGAAGAAUAAAGAUGAAUUAAUCAAUUCAAACUUGUCGCUCAAGAAAGAGCCAACGGUAGAUGAUGAGAUACACAUUAAAGAUUCUAAAAAUGAUAUUAACAUUAAAGAGGUACCGAAAAACGAAAAUAAAAGAGAAACAAAUUCUGACGAUAUGCCAGAGGAUAAAUUGGAAAUGGGCCAUGAUGAUCUAUUAGAAGACACUCAAUAUUCUUCUUUAGGAAAUGAUAUGGAGUGUGCAAGGGAUGACAGUUGGUCUGAAUUAAUGAAAGAUGAGUCAGAAUUGCAUAAAGCAUACAAGAAUUUUAAUAAAAGGGAUAUUGAUAAUUACGUUAAUUCGGCUGACAUUCAGUCUUUAGAAGAGUCUUUCCCAAAUUACGAUUUAGUGGGUUCCAAAAAUUCUGAAUCAGAAAUGGCGCCUCUUGUCAGAGUUAAAAGAACCAAUAGCAACUUGAACAAAAGAGUUACCGACCAUUGUAUGAAUAUGAAAGUUCCAUUCUUCCCUAGAGCUUUAAAUGAUGAUAAUGAUGAUAAUGAAAAAAGUGAGUUCGACGAUGGAGGUAUUUUUGAAAGGGCUUCUCAUUAUGAAAACGAAGGAAAAGAUCAUGGAUUUAGAGAACUUGAACAAAAUAACGAACGCAUUCAACGUUCUAACAACAACGACAAAAAUUAUAAAGCACAGUAUAAGUCGAACUAUUCUAAAAUUAAAAUUGACAACGACAAUACAAACAUUGGUUCAGAUACAGAUAAUAUAUUGUCUAAUGUUGAAGGAGUUGAUGAUAAUUUAAUGUUAAAUAAUGGCUUACGUAAAAAACGUAUUGCCGAUAAUACUUAUUUAAAUGACGAAGUAGUAAAUAUUGAAAAUAAUGAAUUAACACCAAAAUCUGCACCAGAUUUCAUUGGCGCUGAAAUAAGCAAUGAUUUAACCCAUAAUUCUUACAAUGCGGCUAAUUGUCAAGAAAACGAAGCUUUCGGUCCGAUUGCACACAGCCCCGAUGGAGAGCUCAGUCGAUAUAAAAGAGUAAGGCGAUUGAAACCAUCCCCCGACUUAAAAGAAAAUUAG